AUGGGGACCCAACGAGGGCCCAACACAGCCAACAGGCAGAGACCCAGCCAGGGAGCUGAUUGGAUGGGAGGGGAUGAUGGGGUUGGAUCAGAGCUGGAGGAAGCCUUCAUGGGCCAACUGGCCCAAGCUAUAGGGAAUGGAGCAUGCAGUGACAGCUGCUUCACUUCACUGAAGCAAGACAUCCUCAGUCUUCUAGCAAGAUGGGGAGGGGCUUCCUGGCUUCCAAACUCUCCACAGAAGACCCUGCCUCAAAGCUGCAAACAAAUCAAGGAAUCCCAACAAGGGGCCACAGAUGGGUUGUAUUUCUUGGAGACAGGAGAUGGUGAGAUCUACCAAACCUUCUGUGACAUGACCACCAAUGGAGGAGGUUGGACUCUGGUGGCCAGUGUCCAUGAGAACAACAUGUAUGGGAAGUGCACUGUGGGGGAUCGUUGGUCCAGCCAACAAGGGAACAACCCCAACUACCCAGAAGGAGAUGGAAACUGGUCCAAUAACUCCACCUUUGGGUCAGCCGUGGCCUCAACCAGUGAUGAUUACAAGAAUCCUGGCUAUUAUGACCUGGCAGCAAGAGAUCUGGCUAUAUGGCAUGUUCCCAACAAAACCCCAAUGAAAAAAUGGCGGGACACCUCCCUACUGAGGUACCACACCGAAACUGGGUUCUUGGCUGCCGAAGGAGGUAACCUUCUCCAGCUUUACCAGAAAUACCCUGUGAAAUUUGGAAUUGGCCAUUGCCCAGCUAACAAUGGCCCAGCGGUGCCUGUUGUCUACGAUGCGGGUGAUGCCCAGAAGACAGCUUGGUAUUAUUCUCCAAAUGGGCGAACUCAAUUCGAUCCUGGCUUCAUUCAGUUCCGAGUGUUCAAUCAUGAGAAAGCAGCCAUGGCUCUCUGUGCUGGGGUUAAAGUCAGAGGAUGUCACAAUGAACACCACUGUAUUGGCGGAGGAGGAUUUUUCCCAGAAGCAGCUCCUCGGCAGUGUGGGGAUUUCACCGGCUUUGACGGGCAUGGCUAUGGGACACACCGUGGCUGGAGCGUUUCUAAAGAGAUAACUGAAUCUGCUGUUCUGCUCUUUUACCGUUAA